AAAAGCCUAGUGGAUAGAUAGAGCAGAGCCACCUUCCUCCUUCACUUCACAAACCGCUCGGCGACAAAGACGACGAAGCCGAGGAAUCCCAACGAAGGAGACGAACACAUCGAGAGACUUCAAAAUCUCUUCUCUCAGAUUCAGAAAUCCAAAAGCUCGAAAAGGAGGAGAUUCGAAAUUGUGCGAGAGAACAGAAAUGGCCUCCACUGACUCAUAUGCGGCGGCAGCUUCCCCUGAAGAGCUUACCAAGAGAUCCCCCGAACCUCAUGAUGAUUCGGAAGCUGACUAUGCUGAGAAGCCAACACACAUACGGUUUCUUGUAUCCAAUGCGGCGGCUGGUUCCGUCAUAGGGAAAGGAGGCUCGACCAUCACUGAGUUUCAGGCUAAGUCCGGGGCGCGGAUCCAGCUCUCACGUAACCAAGAGUUUUUCCCUGGGACGACUGAUAGAAUCAUUAUGAUUUCUGGCUCCAUUAAAGAAGUUGUCAGUGGACUGGAACUUAUCCUUGAUAAAUUGCACAGUGAGCUUCAUGCUGAAGAGGGAAGUGAUGUUGAGCCUAGGAGAAGACUAAGACUUGUGGUCCCUAACAGUUCUUGUGGAGGCAUUAUUGGAAAAGGAGGAGCCACCAUCAAGUCAUUCAUUGAGGAAUCUAAAGCUGGGAUUAAGAUAUCCCCUCUGGAUAAUACCUACUAUGGGUUGAGUGACAGGCUAGUGACAUUAUCUGGAACCAUCGAAGAACAGAUGCGGGCCAUUGAUUUGAUUUUGGCUAAGCUUACCGAGGACGAUCAUUACUCCCAGAAUGUACAUUCCCCAUAUUCGUAUGCAGCGGGAUACAAUGCGGUUAACUAUGCACCCAACUACGCUCCCAACGGUUCUGGAGGCAGGUAUCAGAACCACAAGGAAGAAGCUAGCACCACGGUGACAAUUGGUGUGGCGGAUGAGCAUAUAGGAUUGGUCCUUGGCCGUGGGGGAAGAAACAUCAUGGAAAUCACUCAGAUGACCGGUGCCCGAAUUAAAAUAUCAGACCGAGGUGAUUUCAUGUCUGGAACCACUGAUAGGAAAGUGAGUAUCACAGGGUCACAGAGAGCAAUCCAACAAGCUGAGACCAUGAUAAAACAGAAGGUUGAUUCAGCCUCGGAGAGAGCCAACGAAUAGAACCGAUAAAGAGUAUCCCCAUCGUGGUUCCGUUCCUAUCUCUGGUCUGUGUUUUAUUUAUUGGUUUGAGGCUUAAAAGCUUUUUCAGAUGGGGAUCUCAAAUCAUCUUUGAGUGAGGCAGAGACAUCUCUCAAGGACCUGUGUUUCUUCUUUCGUUUUCUGUUUAUGUUCCUGAAGCAGAUUUGGAGUUAGCCGUUACUAUUCUCAUUUGUUUUUUUCUUAGUAACUUUAUUUCAUUUUGUUCGAAGUUUUGUUUCCCUUGAGUUCUUCCUGUCGUAACAAUUUUUACAAUAAAACCAACCAUUACAUUAUAGUCAAAUCAGAUUUGUGUGGUUUUGGCAA